AUGAUUAAAAGGAUGCGUCAGCUGGAAGAAGAGAAAGAAAUGUUGGAACAAGGAAUGGAGGUUGUAGAAUCUGCCAGACUCUGGUACCAGAAACAGUUAUCAUCUAUUAAUGAUAAGCAGAAACUCGCUGCCUGGUCAUCGUUUAAUGAUUCUUCAUUAGAAGCAAGUCAAGAGAGAAUGAAUUUUCAGAAAACUAGAAUUGGUGAAGUCAAUCAACAACUGAAAACACUGAUUGAAAGUUCCGAGAGGGGAUUUCCAUUGCACAUGAACCUUGCCAUCAGUAAUACCGGUCAUCCUUUGAUGUUGGAAGAUAACUGUGUGAAAAUGUUGAAGGAACAAAACAGACAACUUACAGAGGAAAUCUCUACAAAAUGUGAUAAAAUCACUCAACUGGAACAAGAGAAGACAGCACUUAUCCGUGAAUUAUUUGAAAGUCGAUCUCGAAACAAACCUUCCCUUGAUGACACUACCUUUAUGUGA